AAAUAUUAUGGCAAGAGAUUAAACAUUUAAAUAAUAACCUUCCCUUUUAAGAGUAACAAGCAUUAUUUCUUAGCCAGAUGAGUCUUAUAGGCCGCCAUAGUUAUAAAAAUAUACGUAAGAAAAUAACAUCAUGUUUAGAUCUUAAUUAGAUGAUAUAGCAAAUGAAUAUGAAUAUAGACAAAUACCAUUUAGUAGAUAAGUUUCAAACUUCUUUUUGUAUGAUCCUAUUACUCCAUUAGGAAGAAGAAGAUCAAUAACUUAAUCAUAUAAUCCUCCUUCACUUUAAUAAUUGCAAUCUCAGAUGUCAUAAAUAAAUGAUUUAAAAUAUAAAUAAGAAUCUAGAUAAAGAAAUAUAGAUUAAAUAUAAUAAGAAUAAUCAGAAUAAGAAGAAGAAAGAGAAAAAAAAAAGUAAAAAAAGUAAUAAUAGAAUGUCAAAAGUUUGUAGAUAAAAAAUAAAAUAAAAAAAAGAAAUAGUGAAUUAGAAUAAUAGCCAUGCUUUUGUAAAAAUAGUGGUUGUUUAAAAAGAUAUUGUAGAUGUUUUCAUAGUGGUAGAAUGUGCUUAAAAGAAUGUUAAUGUAUAGAAGGGUGUUUGAAUAAUGAAGAUCAUUUAGAAUAACGUAAUUAAGCUAUAAAACAUGUUAAUGAAAAAUGUCAUAGAAAUAAGAAUGUUCCUAAAGAGGCUUUAUUUAAACUUAAAGAUAGUUUUGGUUGUAAUUGUAAAAAGACAAGGUGUGUGACAGGUUAUUGUGAAUGUUUUUUGAGAAAAUCUAAAUGUUCUAUGGAUUGUUAAUGUGAGAAUUGUGAAAAUGGUUUAGAUGAAGCAUAUCUAUUAAGUCAAUAGAAUCAAAAAAAUUAUAGAUUUAAACGAAAAUGAGCA